UAAAAGCCGUUCUUCACGCAAACCCUAGCUCUUCUCUUUCUAAGGGUUUUAAUAGUAGUGAUAGUAACAAAAAUCCUUUCAAAAAAAAAAAAAAAAAAAAGAAGAAAAUAAAGAACCAACCCUCUUUCGUAAUCUGAAAUCUGACAAGAAUUUGGAUUAUAGAACUGGGUUUUAUUUGUUAAAAAAAACAGUGUGGAAAGUGAGUCUUUUUUUAUUUUCUUUGAUCUUCUUUAAGUAUUCUGAAACAGAGAUGGUAAGUGGGGCAAGAACCGAAGGGCAUAUCUCAGCGCGAGUGAGCAAGACAAUACAAUCAAUCAAGGAAAUAGUCGGUAAUCACUCGGAUGAUGAUAUCUACGUUGCCUUGAAAGAGGCCAACAUGGAUCCUAAUGAAACUGCCCAGAAAUUGCUUCAUCAAGAUACAUUUCAUUUAGUAAGGAGGAAGAGAGAUCGGAAGAAAGAGAGCAUUGGGUACCAAGGUUCCAUGGAUCCAAGAAAAUUUUCUGAGAAUGCUGGUCAAGUGAUGAAAUUUCGUACAUAUCCUGAACGUGGUUCUCGAAGAGGAGGCUAUUCUCGGAAUACUCUGCCUGAUGCAAGAGUCAACAGAGAGUUUCGUGUUGUGAGGGACAACAGAGUUAAUCAAAAUGCAAAUAAAGAUACGAAGCCUCCUGUGUCACCAUGCUCAACUUCUUUAAAUGAGCAAGUGCCCAUGAAUGUUGCUGAAAAGGGUUCAACUGGAACAAGCAAUCAGAGACCCUUUAGUUUUCAAAGUUCAUCUCAAACUGCAAGUGCACCAUCCAGUUCACAUCCCAGACAUGCACGAGAUGCAAAUUCAAGUGGUGCUUAUAGGAAAGAGAUAUCGGAGGAAAAGCGAAUUUUUAUUCCUAAUUCUGCUUCGCGGUCGCAUGCAGUGAAGCCUAAUAACAUUCAAGCACAUUCUGCCACUCAAUCAUCAAGCAGCUCAGUUGUUGGGGUUUAUUCCUCCUCUACUGAUCCUGUUCAUGUGCCUUCUCCCGAUUCCAGAUCAUCUGGUGCUGUUGGAGCUAUCAAGCGUGAAGUUGGGGUUGUUGGUGUUCGCCGACAUCCUCCUGAAGAUGCUAGCAAAGAUUCAUCUGGAUCUAGUACUCUUUCCAAUUCACUUGUAGGGAAGGACGCUUCAUCUGAGGCAUUUCAACCUUUUCCUUCAAUUUCCAGAGCAGAGCGGGAGGUCCGGGACAAUCAUACUAGUGCAUCUGAAUCUGCCAUGUCUGGAAUUUCUGGCAGUAGGUCAUUUGUGAGCAAUCCGUAUGGAAGCAGGCAACAUCAACAUGUUUUGGUUCAUCAAAAAGCAAACCUACAUAACAAAGAGUGGAAACCAAAAUCAAGCCAGAAGUCAAGUGUUAAUAAUCCUGGAGUUAUUGGGACGCCUAAGAAGUCUGCUUCACCUCCUGCUGAGGAUGCCAAGGGCUUGGACCCUGCAACAGCUAAAUUGCAAGAGAAGUUUUCUCAAGUAAAUAUCUAUGAAAAUGAGAAUGUUGUCAUAGCACAGCACAUUCGAGUCCCGGAGAAUGAUCGCCACGGACUUACUUUCGGUAGCUUUGGAGUGGAACAUGAUUCUUCGAGGAAUUUUGCUCCUGGUUUUCAUGCCACUGGUGUUGCAGAAGACUCAAAUGGGGAAUCUGCUGCAAGUUUGUCUGUAGCUCCUGAUACUUCCAGUGAUGAUUCUGCUGCUGGCAAGCCCAUCAACAUUAUAGAUGAUCAACUUAGAAAUUCUGGAUCUAACUCUCCACCCUCUGGUACUGCAUCUGAGCAUCAAUUUCCUGAUAAGAAAGAUGCUUCAAGCCCCCAGAAUUUGGGCAGUUAUGCCGAUAUUGGAAUGGUCCAGGACAACGGUCAAUCGUAUGCUCCUUCAGAGCCACAACAGCAGCAAGAUCCUCCUGAAUUACCCAGUUUUUCGCAGGCAUAUGAUCCCCAAACUGGUUAUGAUUUACCAUAUUUUAGACCCUCAAUGGAUGAAACUGCAAGAGGACAGGGUCUACUAUCUCCUCAGGAGGCCUUAAGCGGGCAUGCUGCCAACAUUCCUGCAUCAACAAUACCAAUGGUGCAGCAGCAACAACCUCCAGUAGCACAGAUGUAUCCUCAAGUUCAUGUGCCCCAUUAUGCUAACCUUAUGCCAUAUCGUCAGUUUGUCUCCCCGAUUUAUCUGCCACAAAUGGCUAUGCCAGGUUAUUCCAGUAACCCUGCUUUUCCACAUCCAUCAAAUGGUAGCAGCUACUUGCUCAUGCCAGGAGGUAGCACUCAUCUUGGUGCAAAUGGUGUCAAGUAUGGGAUUCAGCAGUUCAAACCAGUCCCUGCAGGCAAUCCUACUGGGUUUGGCAAUUUUACCAGUCCGUCUGGGUAUGCAAUCAAUGCUCCUGGUGUAGUAGGGAGUGCAACAGGUCUUGAAGAUUCAUCUCGGACCAAAUAUAAAGAUGGCAACAUAUAUGUUCAAAAUCAACAGGCUGAUACAUCAGAUCUCUGGAUGCAGAACCCAAGGGAGGUACCAAGCUUGCAAUCUGCUGCAUACUACAAUAUGCCACAAACACCACAUGGUUAUAUGCCAUCUCACACGGGCCAUGCUUCUUUUAACGCUGCUGCUACACAAUCUACUCACAUGCAAUUCUCGGGUUUGUACCAUCCUCCUCCUCAGCCUGCUGCAAUGGCAAACCCACAUCAUCUAAACCCUGCAAUGGGUGCCAAUGUUGGUUUUGGGGUUGCUCCAGCAGCUCCUGGGGCUCAAGUAGGUGCUUACCAACAGCCUCAAUUGGGUCAUCUUAACUGGACAACAAACUUCUGAAUGGUAUCAAGCUAACCCUUUGUCUUGUAAGGGAGUGAAGUAGCUAUAGGAAGUUCUAAAAUUUUCUUUGUGAAAUAACCCACAAUGGUUUUAAUUCAAUGCAUAAUGGUGUUUAAUCUCUUCCAA